AUGUUCCCGGCCGUCUCCUCUCCGCGGACACCGGGGCCCGGGACUCGAAGGGGCCCGCUGGCCGGAGUCGGGCCGGGCUCCACGCCCCGGGCGACAAGCAGGAAAGGUCUAUCCCUGGGGUCUGCAGUCAGCUCCCCGGCGCUCUUUUCGCCGGUCGGCCGGCGUAGCUCGCUGAGCUCGCGAGGAACACCUACACGAAUACUGCCACACCACUGUGUAACUGAGUCUAUGAACUAUGAUGUGAAAACAUUUGGAUCUUCUCUCCCUGUUAAAGUAAUGGAAGCCCUAACGUUGGCUGAAGUUGAUGAUCAGCUGACUGUUCACAUAGAUGAAGGUGGAUGGGCUUGUCUGGUCUGCAAAGAGAAACUCAUUAUUUGGAAGAUUGCUCUGUCACCUAUUACUAAGUUAUCUGUUUGCAAAGAGCUUCAGCUGCCACCAAGUGACUUCCACUGGACUGCUGACUUGGUGGCUCUCUCUUAUUCUGCUACCUCAGGUGAAGCACAUUCUACUCAGGCUGUUGCUGUCAUGGUUGCCACCAGAGAAGGAUCCAUCCGCUAUUGGCCAAGCCUUGCCAGUGAAGACAUCUACACAGAGACCUUCGUGGAUUUAGGAGGUGAUAAGACUUACAGUUUCCUAACAGCAGUGCAGGGAGAAAGUUUUAUUUUGUCCUCAUCGGGAAGCCAGCUGAUUCGACUGAUACCUGAAAGUUUAGGAAAGAUUCAUCAACAUAUCCUGCCUCAAGGACAAGGCAUGCUUUCAGGAAUUGGUCGGAAGGUUUCUUCUCUUUUGGGAAUUUUAUCUCCAAGUACUGAUCUCAUCCUUUCAAGUGUCCUUUGGGAUAGAGACAGAGCAAGUUUUUAUAGCCUGACAAGUUCAAACAUCAGUAAAUGGGAAUUAGAUGAUUCUUCAGAAAAACAAGCACAUAGUUGGGAUAUAAACAGAGCUCUGAAGGAAAACAUUACUGAUGCUAUUUGGGGAUCUGAGAGUAACUACGAAGCUAUUAAAGAAGGGGUCAACAUUCGGUAUUUGGAUUUGAAGCAGAACUGUGAUGGGCUCCUGAUUUUGGCAGCUGCAUGGCACCCAGCGGACAGUCCAUGUCUCAUCUAUUACUCUCUGAUAACAGUAGAAGAUAAUGGCCACCAAAUGUCUGAUGUAGUAACUGUAGAAGUCACUCAGUAUAAUCCACCUUUUCAGUCUGAAGACUUGAUUAUGUGUCGGCUGAUGGUCCCAAACUUUUCAAACCAGACUGCUUAUCUGUAUACUGAGAGUGCCGUCUAUGUGUGCUCCACUGGAACUGGGAAGUUUUCUCUUCCUCGGGAGAAAAUUGUCUUUAAUACACAAGGUAUAAGUAUGGUUUUUGAGGCUUCUACAAAGAAUGAAACCAUAGCCCAGGAAGAUAAAACUAAAGUGUUAAAAGCUGCUUUUCUGCAAUACUGCAGAAAAGACCUAAGUCAUGCUCAAAUGAUGGUUGAUGAGCUCUUUUCCUCCCACUCUGACUUGGAUUCCGACUGUGAACUAGACAGAGCUGUUACCCAAAUCAGUGUGGACCUGGUGGAUGACUACCCGGCCUCAGACCCACGAUGGGCUGAGUCUGUCCCUGAGGAAGCACCUGGGUUUAGCAAUACAUCGCUGAUUAUUCUUCACCAGCUAGAAGACAAAAUGAAAGCCCAUUCUUUCCUUAUGGACUUUAUUCACCAAGUUGGCUUAUUUGGACGUCUUGGCACUUUUGCAGUUCGAGGGAUGCCCAUGGCAACUCGCCUGUUGCUCUGUGAGCAUGCCGAAAAGUUAUCAGCCGCCAUCGUUCUCAAGAACUACCACUCGAGGCUCUCUGAGCUCGUGAACACAGCAAUAAUGAUUGCUUUAAAUAAGAGGGACUGCGAAAUCCCAUCCAACCUGACCCCCGCAGACGUCUUUUUUAGAGAAGUGUCGCAGGUAGACACCAUUUGCGAGUGUUUACUGGAGCAUGAGGAGCUGGUCUUAAAGGAAACAUCUUUGGAAUCUGUUGAAUGGGCUGAAGUGGUGAUCAAUGUGAACAGUAUUCUCAAGGACAUGCUACAAGCUGCCUGUCAUUAUCGACAGAAUAGAAACUCCUUAUAUAGAAAAGAGCCGGUAGAACAAGAACCUGAGUAUGUUCCUUGGACAGCAACGAGUGGUCCUGGGGGCAUCCGAACAGUAAUCGUGCGCCAGCAUGGGAUUGUCCUGAAAGUGGUAUAUCCUCAGGCAGACAGCAACCUCCGAAACAUUCUGACAGAGCAGCUGGUAGCACUGAUUGAUUGCUUCCUGGAUGGUUACGUUUCCCAGCUUAAGUCUCUGGACAAAUCUGGUGAUCAAGAAAGAUACAGCAGUCUGGAAAUGGAAUACCUACAGAAAAGAUCAGAUCUCCUAUCUCCACUUCUCACACUAGGCCAAUACCCGUGGGCUGCUUCAUUAGCAGAAAAGUACUGUGACUUUGAUAUCUUAGUGCAAAUGUGUGAGCAGACUGACAACCAGACUAGACUCCAGCGCUACAUGACCCAGUUUGCUGAUCAGAAUUUUUCAGACUUUCUCUUCCGUUGGUAUCUGGAGAAAGGAAAGCGAGGCAAAUUAUUAUCUCAACCCAUUUCUCAGCAUGGAGAGUUGGCAAAUUUUUUGCAAGCUCAUGAACAUCUCAGCUGGUUACAUGAAAUUAACAGCCAAGAAUUAGAAAAGGCUCAUGCAACACUUCUGGGUCUGGCAAACAUGGAAACACAUUACUUUGCAAAGAAAAAAACCCUUCUUGGCUUGAGUAAAUUGGCUGCGUUGGCUUCAGACUUUUCAGAGGAUGUACUGCAAGAAAAAAUUGAAGAAAUGGCUGAGCAGGAGCGCUUUCUGCUGCACCAGGAGACCCUGCCGGAGCAACUGCUGGCAGAGAAAGAGCUGAGUCUCAGUGCGAUGCCAGUGCUGACUGCACCACAGCUCAUCAGCCUAUAUAUCUGUGAAGAAAACAGAAGAGCUAAUGAAUAUGAUUUCAAGAAAGCUUUGGACUUGCUGGAAUAUAUCGAUGAGGAGGAAGAUGUAAAUAUAAAUGAUCUAAAACUGGAAAUCCUUUGCAAAGCUCUUCAGAGAGAUAACUGGUCCAGUUCAGAUGGUAAGGAUGAUCCAAUUGAAGUAUCUAAAGGCAGUAUAUUUGUGAAAAUCUUACAGAAGCUUUUAAAAGAUGGCAUUCAGCUCAGUGAAUACCUGCCAGAAGUGAAAGACCUCCUACAGGCAGACCAGCUUGGGAGCCUCAAGUCUAAUCCUUACUUUGAGUUUGUUUUGAAAGCAAACUAUGAAUAUUAUGUCCGCGGACAAGUGUAA